CGGUUUAGUGUAGUAAUCCGCAUUGCAUUGCGUUUCUUUGCUGGACACUGUUUCAUUUCAUUUCACCAUUCUCUCUCUCUCUCUCUCUAAUCCAGAUUCUGUCCAGAACCCCACCGUAGACACACCACACAGACAGGAUAUAGUUAUACCAUGUGCGGAAUACUAGCAAUUUUUGGUUGUGCAGACACAUCGCAGGCAAAGCGUGCUAGAGUCCUUGAGCUCUCUGGAAGGUUGCGUCAUAGAGGUCCUGAUUGGAGCGGUUUGCAUUGCUAUCAGGAUUGUUACCUUGCUCAUCAACGCUUAGCUAUUGUUGAUCCAACUUCUGGAGAUCAACCACUCUAUAAUGAGGAUAAGACUGUUGUUGUCACAGUCAAUGGGGAGAUAUACAACCAUAAACAGUUAAGAGAAAAGCUGAAAUCUCAUGUAUUUCGAACUGGAAGUGAUUGUGAAGUCAUUGCACAUCUCUAUGAAGAAUAUGGGGAAGAAUUUGUGGACAUGUUGGAUGGAAUGUUCUCUUUUGUCCUUCUUGACACUCGUGAUAAAAGUUACAUUGCAGCUCGGGAUGCCAUUGGCAUUACUCCACUUUAUAUGGGAUGGGGACUCGAUGGUUCUGUUUGGUUUGCAUCAGAGAUGAAAGCUUUAAGUGAUGAUUGUGAAAGGUUCAUCAGUUUCCCUCCUGGGCACAUAUACUCUAGUAAAACUGGAGGAUUGAGGAGGUGGUAUAACCCACAAUGGUACCUGGAACAAACACCUUCCACACCAUAUGAUCCCUUGGUCUUGCGUGCAGCAUUUGAAAAGGCAGUUACCAAGAGACUUAUGACAGAUGUGCCAUUUGGUGUACUUCUUUCUGGUGGUCUGGAUUCAUCGCUUGUUGCAUCUGUCACAUCUCGUUAUUUGGCUGAAUCAGAUGCUUCUUUCCAGUGGGGCUCACAGUUACAUACCUUUUGCGUUGGGUUGAAGGGUUCACCAGAUCUUAGAGCUGCCAGAGAAGUAGCAGAUUAUCUUAAGACUCGUCACCAUGAGUUUCACUUCACUGUUCAGGAAGGAAUUGAUGCUCUUGAAGAAGUUAUCUACCACGUUGAAACUUAUGAUGUUACUACAAUCAGAGCCAGUACUCCAAUGUUUCUAAUGUCUCGCAAAAUUAAGUCAUUGGGAGUAAAAAUGGUUCUCUCUGGAGAAGGGUCAGAUGAGAUUUUAGGUGGUUACUUGUAUUUCCACAAGGCACCUAACAAGGAUGAGUUCCAUCAGGAAACCUGUAGAAAGAUUAAAGCUCUCCAUCUGUAUGACUGCCUUAGAGCCAACAAAUCAACAUCGGCAUGGGGUGUUGAGGCUCGUGUACCGUUCUUGGACAAAGAAUUCAUCAACAUUGCCAUGAGCAUUGACCCAGAAUUCAAAUUGAUCAAGCCUGAUUUGGGUAGGAUUGAAAAGUGGGUUUUGCGUAAUGCAUUUGAUGAUGAUAAGAAGCCAUAUCUCCCAAAGCACAUUUUAUAUAGGCAGAAGGAACAAUUCAGUGAUGGCGUGGGAUACAGUUGGAUUGAUGGGCUGAAGGAACACGCAAAUCAACAAGUUACUGAUGCAAUGUUGACAAAUGCAAGCUUCGUUUAUCCUGAAAACACUCCUUUGACAAAAGAGGCAUAUUAUUAUAGGACCAUCUUUGAGAAGUUUUAUCCCAAGAAUGCGGCACGAUCGACAGUUCCAGGUGGUCCCAGCAUUGCUUGUAGCACAGCAAAGGCAGUGGAAUGGGAUGCGGCAUGGUCAAAGAAUCUUGACCCAUCUGGGCGUGCUGCAAUUGGAGUUCAUACAGAUGCUUACACUGAGAAAGCAGCAGAAUCUGCCAUUGUUGAUGAGCAGAAACCGCAGAAGAAGAAGUCAGUAGAAGCUGUUGUGGAGAGGACUACUACAGUGGUUGCUUGAUGGAUAGAGAUAAGACAUGAAUGAAGACUACUACUGUGUGUGGAAAAAAGUAAACUAAAUAAUUUAUGAUCCAGAUUGAUUCUCUGCUUUUAUUAGAUUGGAGGCAGAGAUGUUUGUCCAAUGUUUUCUUCUUUCUUCCUUCACUUUUCAGUUAUGUUCCAAUUACUUCAUUUAGGGUUUUAUGGAGUUUCCUUUUCUAACUUA